AUGGGCGCCCUCCUCACUCUAGGCCUCCUGGCUGCUCUCCUGGCUUCAGGCUCUGCCCUGCGCUGUGAGGAGUGCUUUGCUUUUACCACUGCCUGCUCUGGCCCGGUGCUGCCCUGCGACCCUGGGGAGGGGGCCUGUGUGAGCGGAGUGGGGCACUACACCUUGGGAGAGGGACGGACCCUCUCGGUGGCCGUCAGGUCCUGUCUGGAGCCAAGCAGCUGCAGCCAGCGCCAUUUCAGCCUCACCUUCCGGCCUGGCAUGGCCAUGCGGAUGAACUUCACCUGCUGCCACCAGGACGGCUGCAACACAGGGGUCGUGGAGCUGCCGUCCGUGAGCUCCACCUCCAAUGGCCGGUCCUGCCCAUCCUGCUUUGCAGAGGGGGCCGAUCACUGUGAUCACAUGACGCCGCUGCCCUGCACUGGGGAGGAAGAUCAUUGCUUUGAGUUCACUGGGACGAUAACAGCAGGCAAUGCCUCCCUGACCAAGUCUUCGGCAGGGUGCGCGGCCCCUGGUGCUUGCCGCAAGAGAGUCGGGGUCACCAAAUAUGCCCGGGGAGUCUUCGACACCCUCACCCGAGCCGUGUGCUACCCAGCGCCCCGUGACGAGCUCUGA